AUGUUGCAGAGAGCAGCAAGCAAUGCAUAUUCAUGGUGGUGGGCAAGCCACGUCAGGACAAAGCAGUCAAGAUGGCUGGAAGAAAACCUCCAAGAUUUGGAGGAGAAGGUGAGAGAGACGCUCAAAAUCAUUGACAAUGAUGGGGAUUCGUUUAGAGAGAGGGCAGAAAUGUACUACAAGAAGAGGCCGGAGCUCAUAAACUUUGUGGAAGAAGCCUUCAGGGCAUACAGAGCUUUGGCAGAGAGAUAUGAUCUCCUGUCAAGACAGCUGCAAACUGCCAACCGCACCAUUGCCACAGUUUUCCCUGAGCAUGCUCAGUAUGCAAUGGAUGAUGAUGAUGAUGAUGAUGAUGAAGAAAAUCUCCCUGGAACAUCCACUGAUCCAAACAAACCCAUCCCAAAAGUCCCCAAGAUUCCAGAGAAAGAUUUCAGGAGCCAAUCUAUGUUGAUCUCAAGGAAGAAGGGGCCUUUUAAGAGAGCUGUUAGUUCUGCUAAAGCUGCUUCAGGGAUGAGCAAAAGUGAGGCAUUGCAGGAGAUUGAUAAGCUUCAGAAAGAAACAUUGGCACUGCAAACUGAGAAGGAGUUUGUGCAAAGCUUGUAUGAACGCGUUAAUGAAAAGUAUUGGGAAAUUGAAAACAAAAUCACGGAUACGCAGAAAAGAGUUUGCGGCCUAGAGGAUGAGUUUGGCAUAGAAAUUGGUAUAGAUGAUGAUGAAGCUCGAACUUUGAUGGCUGCCACGGCUCUAAAAUCGUGCGAACAGACUUUGGUUAAGUUGCAAGAGAAACAAGAGGAAUCAGCAGAAGAUGCAAGAGUAGAGCACCAAAGGAUUAAGGAUGUCCAUGAGAAGUUUGCAACAAUCAAAAAUGAAUUUGUUUCCAAACAAACGGAUGGAGUGGAAUUGAAGAACAUGGAGCAAGAGAGACAUGACAUGGAAUUGGAACGGGAGAACGUUGUUGAGGAACAAGUUGAUGUGAAUUCAAGAAGCUCGCUGAGUGUGAUGGAACUGGCAGAGAAGAUUGAUGAUCUUGUAAAAAUGGUUGUUACUCUGGAAACUGCUGCCUCUUCUGAGACUGCUUUGGUAGAGACACUAAGGUCAGAAACAGAUGAACUUCAGGAACACAUUCAAAGAUUGGAAGGGGAUAAGGAGAAUCUUGUUGAGAGUUCAGAAAAUAUGGGAAACAAGUUAAAAGAGUUGGAGGAGGAGCUGCGGAGAGUUAAAAUUCUCAACACAAGUUUGGAAGACAAAAAUAACAAUCUGCAAACACAUUUCUCUGAAGCUAAUAAUCUUUCUGGGAAAUUGCAAGGUGUGGAGCAGGAUAAGGAGGAUGAGGAUACAGGAUUGUUCCAGGAUGUGAUCAAAGCUGUUCCUGAUGCCGAACCAGAAAAUGGGUCGGAAGAAGAUAGAGAAAAGAUAGCAGAAAAGGAAGAGAAGAAGGUUGACGACACCCUUUCGAUGCCUGAAAAACCUCAGGAACCAUUGCAGCAGGAGAGAGAUGAGAAGCAAGAUUCAUCUGAGACAGUAGACAGUAAUCUUGAUGUUGUGGCAGAGGAAUUAGAGGAAGAGGAGGAAGAAGAUCAACCUAUCUGGAAGAAGAUGUUUGUAAAGGGGUUAGAGGACAGAGAAAAGAUUAUACUAGAUGAGUACACUUCAGUUCUUGGUAAUAAUAAGUUAUUAAGGAAGAAGCUUAGUGAAGUGGAGAAGAAAAACAAGGAUAGCAACUUUGAACUGGAAAUGCAGAUAAGAGAACUGAAGAGUGCUGCUGCCUCAAAAGAUGAGAUGAUCCAAUCUUUACUUCAGAAACUAAGCUGCCCACAGCCAAGUACAAAUACCACACCAGAAUACAAAUACGUGAAUCAGGAAAGCAUUAGCCAAACAGCAGCUAUCACAGAGGCCUCUAACAUCCUCCUACCUUCGAAUUCGGAUCGAAAGACACUUUCUGACUUAUUUGGUGAUGAAUCUACAGAACUAAUCGGCGAAUCCCCCGGAAACUCGAAAAGAUCUCUUGCAAAGCAAAAAAACAUCAAGGUAAAUCAGGUUGAUCACCACCAUGCUGCUUCAAGUAAUGAAGAAAAAUUCCGCUCCGAAAUCGAUGAUCUGCUGGAGGAAAAUCUGGAGUUCUGGCUUAGGUUUAGCACUUCAGUUCAUGAGAUACAAAAAUUCCAGACUUCAGUCCAGGAUUUGCAUGCAGAGUUGCAGAAAGUAAAGGAUAAGAAGCAAGAAGGAAGUGGCAAAAACCAAUCAUCAAAAUCAGAUCUCAAACCCAUAUACAGACACCUGAGAGAGAUACAAACUGAAGUGUCUUUAUGGUUGGAACAUAAUGCAGUGCUAAAAGAGGAUCUGCUUAGUAGAUUAUCAUCCUUAUGCAGCAUUCAAGAAAACCUAUCAAGAAUGUCCAAGGCAGAUUAUGCAGAAGAAAAGACAGCUCUUACUGCAUACCAGGCUGGAAAGUUUCAAGGUGAGAUUCUCAACAUGAAACAGGAGAACAGCAAGGUCUCCAAUGAACUACAAGCAGGCCUCAAUCGUGUGACAGCACUGAAGGUUGAUGUUGAGAGGACCCUGGAGCAGCUGGAUGAAGAGCUUGGGAUUACAGCAUCAAAGAAAUACUUGAGAAGUCAGCCUAGAAUUCCCUUAAGGUCUUUCUUAUUUGGGGUUAAGGUGAAGAAGCAAAAGCCAUCAAUCCCUUCAUUCUUCCCAUGUGCGAAUCCGGCAUUGCAGAAACAGUACAGUGAUCUAGCUGGAUUGCAUGUGUAGAUUAGCCCUUCUCUCAUUGUUUUGUUUACUUUCAAUUGGAGUCUUCUUUCUUGAUUCUGAUAGUUGAAUACAUUCCGAAAAAAAAAA